UGUAUUUGUGCCCACCUCUGAUUAGAAGUUAGAACUCAGAGGAAUGCACUAUUUCAAACAGACAGGCAUAUUUUUCACUUCUGUGAAAACAUAGGCCUUGAAUUUACUAGAAAGAUUUCGAUGGCAUGUAGCCUACUACUAAAUGACGAUCCUGUAAAUUGUGAUCUAUUUCUGUCUCACAUGGGUGUGGCCUGGGUGAUACGUUGUCUGCUGGCCUGGGGAGGAAAAAAAUGGACUGUUCGGAGAGAUAGAGUUUCACCAACGGCGAUGAUGUCAUUAUGAACAGUUACAUUGUCGCUUGUGCCGUCUGUGCAGUGGGACGCUUCAUGAGAAACUCCAGUAAGAUUCAAAGGUGUUGUUAUGGAGACAGACAAUGUUGCGUCUCCUCCCAGCCCUCAGCUUCUGUUUCUGGGACAGAAGUCCACCAAACGUCUGCUGGAAGUAUACGUGAAACGCACUCUCAGUCUAAAUGAUAACACUGCCAGGCCUCAACGGGUCAAACCUCGGAAAUGGGUAAUAGUGGACAGCAAAGGCAACCGCAUCAGAAAGGCGUCAAGUGACAGCUCAACAUAUCGUCUGUCACGUGAAAUAUCACAAACUGAGCCAAAGGAACCGAGCACAGACACAACCAACGACUCUCACCAAACAAAAUCAAAGAAAACAGAAAUCAAGCCUCAGACACAGAGAAUUACCAAAAAGGCAUCUAUACUGAGGAGUUUUAUAAGUCUUUUUUCCAGGAAGAACCAUGAAGCCCAAAACAGUGCUUCAGUGCCAGAUACCCCUGUGUUCAGUGGGCCUGCGGAUGGCUGCUUUGCCACAGAUGCAUGCCCCCCUGUCCCUGAGAUGCCCAAGACAGAGGGGGAUGGAAAAACGCUGCGGCAUUCUAAAUCCAUCAAGAAGAGGCUCUCGCUGAAGAAGCUCUCCUUCCGUAGCCACCACGAUGCAGAAAAAUUGGAUUCAGUCCGAAGGCAGAGCAGCCUUGCCCCUGCUGAUGUGGUACGAGUACCGGAUGCAAUUGUCUGUGUGGAGCCCUCAAGUGCAUACUUUGAGAAGGUGUCAGAGGAGUUGGAGCGCAUUGUGAAAGAGGUGAAAGAAAGCCCAACAGAGGAGGAGCAAUUUUGUGCUGCUAUACUAACUGAUCCAAGGCCUGCUGAAGCAGCCUCAGACUCCAUUGAUGACAUAAUUGAGAGAAUGGUCGAUCUACUAAAAGAGCACGGAGAUGAAAUUAAUGAAAAGAUUAGGAGGAACAGUAGUGUGAGCUCCUUCUUCCAGAAGCUCAACUACAAUAAUUUCCAGCAACUAGCCGAUCGCUAUGUGGCUGCCAUCCCUGAUCCACUGCCUCAGUCGACCACAGCUCCCCCACAGUUGGUGAAGCUGGCCUUCACCCUGGAUUUCACAGCCAAGGUGGCUGGACUGUCCAGCCAAGCCAUCGGCCGUAUCAUGGGGUUUGGAAACCAGUACAUACAGGACCGUUUUACCCAGAUGACAAGUGCCAACUGCCUGGGCCAGCAAUCUCAGAACAUGGGAGACCAAAGCCUGAUGGAUCAAGACUAGAGUCUGUGAAUGAUGAUGCCCACUACCAUUCCAGUGCAAUACUUAAGCCUUUGAAUAUUACCUGAUAUUUAGGUAUACAAUAAGUCUGAAGUUGCCAAAUAAUCUUGGUGUGUCCUGAAAUGCUGUCAAACAGCAUUUGGAUAUUGCCUGAUAUUUAGGCAUGCAUUACGAAAGUGAAUUGCAGAAUAGUGCAAUUGGUGUGUCCUCAAAUACUAUCUUUCACAGUUGUGUUGAUGCUGCCAAUAAUUUUAUUACUUGAUGUGUAACUGUAUUUGCACCUGGGGAAAACCAUCCUAAGGAUUGCUUUGAAUAACUGUAUAAUGUGGUUAUCAAAUGAGCUUGAUGAUUUUAUUACUUGAUGUGCAUCUGUAUUUGCACCUUGGGAAAGCCAUCCUAAGGAUUGCUUUGAAUAACGAAUGACCGUAUAAUGUGAUUAUCAACUAGACAGCUAGACAGGUUUAGACUAAUUAAGGGAGUAUUCUCUUGCGUUGUGUGCACAUCAAAUUCCAUGGGAUAUUUUCCUGUGUCUAUAUAUUUAAAAACAUUGUUUUAGAAUUGUUUUAACAGUGGGGAUAAUCUGGUCAUCAUGCAGGGUAAUACAACUCGGUUUAACAGUGGGAAUAAUCUGGUCAUCAUGCAGGGUAAUACAACUCGGUUUAACAGUGGGGAUAAUCCGGUCAUCAUGCAGGGUAAUACAACUCGUUUUUUUUAUUAUGUGUAUGUUCUUGAACGCAUUCACACUACUGUUGAGUGUCCUAUCACAGGUCAUACAUGUAAGCAAUACCUCCAUGGUUUGCCUUUCAUCAAAUAUCAUAGAGGCAUGGAAAUAGCUGGAAUAGGCAUUUCCAUGACCUUUCCACAAAAUGUGAACUUUUUCACUUUCGAGAUUUGACUCGUACUUGAAAAGAAUAAUUUCUUUAUAAGUUGAACAGAUAUCUGAACCAGCUAAUGUUCUGCAUCUGAUGUGAUCAGAUGUCUGAUCUGAGUAAACUAAAUCUCUCAGCUUUAAGAUCUACAGUAUGUCCUUCUCAGUGGAAAGCCAGAGUCUGUAGCCUGGCAUAAUCAAUCACUAUCACAAGUGUGACGUGCCCAACCACAGUCAGAUGAUUUUGACAUGAAGUGAUGCAUAAUGUAGCAGUUCUGUGCUCGAGAGACAAUGAGGGGUUUGUUGAAAUGAUGCAAAUCUAGUGUCAUAGGACUUUCCACCCUGCCUGUUCUCAAUAUAAUUUCACACAUCGAUUUCACAAAUGGAGUAGGUUAGUGAAACUGUGACAUUGAAAGAUUCAUUUAAGAGCAAAACAUUGUCUGACCUCCAAACAGUGCACAAGAUCACGUUUUGUGAUCAUUUACGUCUGUCAUCCAGUUCUUUAUAUGUCUGUGUUGUUGUUGGCUGAACUGUGUAGUGUCAAUAUAAUAAACAGUCAUUUUUU